CAUUAUGUUAUGUACGUAGUAUGGAACGACAACUCUAAUCGUGAAUCCUGAGAUCUUUAUCAACAAUUGAAAACUUUUUUGAUUGUUACAUUAGUUCGUUUCGAAGACAUCGGCUAAGUUGUGAAUUGAAGUUUUAUGUGCACGAAUUGUUAGGGGUUAAACAAAGGAUAUGUACCAUCGCAAAGACUCAUCAUUUAGCGAGGAGAACGGAUUACAUUGAGCUGUUUCUUGUUCCUAGCAGCUGUGUACGUACUAUGAGAUACAAAGAUGUUUUCAUUGUACGAAGCAGGUCCUUGAGACUUCAUGAAGGAGUUUUACUAUAAGAACAAUUGUUUUGUGACAUACGUUGCUAGGAUACGGUAUCGGUUAUGAAGAGUUACAUAAAGUCUCUAACUUGAGACGGAAGUUCGCUCGCUACACCAUCUUCCAACUCAAGCUACAUGAUUAGUGAGUUUUUCACACUACAUCACAUCGGACUUCUAUAACUAUACUGCUUCUCACAUGUGAAACUUUUUCAUGGACAUCCGAAUGAACUACAAUGGAUUGUGAUUAAGAAAAAUACAGAAUUCAAAUCUUGUGUUUUGUAUCUGUCGAGACCUACAGAAUGUUAUAAGAAUUGUUAUUUAAUCAACUCGGAAUGUAAACCUGAUCUUGAUUGAUUGAUUUCCCGAAGAACGCAAUAUAUGGGUUUACAUAAUAAAUAUGUUAUACAUCAGUUAAGAGGAAAAGAAAAGCAAGUCCCCAGUUAAAGGAUCUAAAUAGUUUGUGUAAUAACAGAUCUUAGCUCCACUCCUAGACAAUGGUCAAUCUUCCCAGACUAGAAGUGGCUGGGGAUAGAGUGACUCGCCGCAGUGAGCCAACCAUUGAACUGAAUAAUGCCAACAUGGCCGAGUUUCCUGUUGAUGGCUUCACUUACUCAGAGGACAUGCCACAGUGGGUUCGAUCCUUUGAGGAGAAGAGAGAUACAAAGGGGUUAAAUAUCGUAAUGAAUGCUGCCUACCAAGGCUAUCUCCCUGAAAACUACGACACGCGCUCCAGAUCCACAGAGUCCACUCAGCCAGAACGUUGGGCGCGAGGAAAGAAAACUUUGCUGGCCACCUGGUUGAUAAUCCUUCUCGCUCUGCUGGCUUUGUCUUACGUGGCUGGCAUGAUCGCCAUUGGAUUUUCAGCUUCACUGGCAGAUCCACCAGAUAAAGUUGUGCCCCCUGACUUUGGAAAUCUAAACAGUUCUGUUCUUAUAUAAGACCAAAUAUUAUUGUUCCAGACGUCUGCUGCGUUCUUGUUCCUGUCUGUGUUUUUUUGUAUUGGACGAGUACUAAGUAUUUUCGCCGGCACUGAGCCCUGAUCUUUCUAGUCAGUAGGCCUACCAAUCGAAGUGAAACAGUUCCACUGGCCUUAGUAUAUAACGGUUAUAUCACACUAUACCUUCAAUGAAUUAUU